UUGACAGAACAACACGCCGAACAUUGCAAGUUGAUGAAAUUCUGUGAAAAGCAAAGUUUGAUUUUUGAAAAGUGAUUUCUCUGAUAAGUCGUGAAUAUUCUUAAACAUUUGAUUAAAUUUCAACUAAUUUGUACUCCCACAAUGUAUUAUGAGUAAUUUCUACUAUCUGGACGUUUCACUCAAACUUGCCUCGGAACCGGAACAACUUCUGGCCGUCUUCUUCAAAAGCUGCCUUGAGCAAUCCCUCUCCCGAAUCUUCGGCGAAAUCGGCGGCCAAACCACCGUCGACCUGCUCAAAUUCGACGCCCGUCGAGCGCGCGCACUCAUCCGAGUCCCCGCCAGUUUCUACGUCAAACUCCGCUCGGCAAUCGCCCUGACCGGUUCCUUCCAGGACAUCCCGGCCAGCUUCGUGGUGCACAAGGCGGGACCCCUUCUCCUCGGCCUCCUGGAAACCCACCUGGAAUUCUAA